AUGGCGGAAGACAACCCCGAGCUUCAGGCCGCUCUGCGGGACCUCGACAAGGAACUUGAGGAGGGGGACAUCACGGAAAAAGGAUACCAGAAACGGCGCACACUCCUUCUCUCACAAUAUUUCGGACCAAAUAAACCCUUAGAGAUCAGCAUCACCCCAGAAGGCGCUCCAGCAUCUAUAAGUAGCUCGAACCAUGUCCCGCCGGCCAUCCUCAGUGUUCGUCCGCCUACGGCGGACUCCGAGAAUCGAGCUGCGUCUCUGCACUCGUUUGCGCAGAACAGCAGACCUGGGAACGGAGGCUUCGGAUACGACCGAAGAGUGAGUAUGGGUACGCAGGGGUCACUUCAAGAUGAUAGCGCCUUUCAGCACAAUCGAGAAAGUUUGGCGCUGCAACCGCCCGACCGAAUGCCCUCAUCGACCUCAUACGAUUCCCUGUUCCUCCCGAAACCACAGGUGCAGCCGACGGCCCAGGAGGAAUCUCGAACAGCGACACUAUUGAGCCAGAAUUAUGCGUUUAACCCUGGGGUCUCCGAGUAUCACGAUGAGCCAGUUGGAAACUACGACAUGACACCCGGGCCUGUCACGCGACAAUCGACGAUGCUUGAUUCUCAGCAGGCUUACUUCUCUGACUUUGCUGGGCAGCAGCGAGGUGAUUAUAGAGAUAGCUAUGGUGGUGGGUUUCAUCGAUACUCCCAAUCAGACACCUUUUCUCCUACGGCGAAUAUGGCGCCGCCGCUGCUCCCUGCGUCAGAGCUUCCCCACGGGGCAGCUGUCAAUCACCUGUUACCCCUUGAGCCUCGUGACAUUCCAUUCGCGGUCCAUGAUCCGCACGACAAGAAUACUCUUAUGUCUAAUUUUGAGAACAUCCCUGCUGUUCUUCGGUAUCGUGCGCGAACACAUCCCAAGCAGCCUGCAUAUUGGGUCCUGGAUCAAAAGGGCAAAGAGAUUGCCUCCAUUACCUGGGAAAAACUCGCCAGCCGAGCAGAGAAGGUUGCGCAAGUUAUCCGCGAUAAGAGCAACCUUUACCGUGGCGAUCGUGUGGCUUUGAUCUAUCGGGAUUCCGAGGUCAUCGAGUUUGCUGUUGCUCUUAUGGGCUGCUUCAUUGCCGGCGUUGUUGCUGUGCCCAUAAACAGCCUUGAUGAUUAUCAGAGCCUUAAUCUCGUGCUCACUUCAACCCAGGCGCAUCUUGCCUUGACCACGGAGAACAAUCUCAAGAGCUUCCAGAGAGACAUCACGACUCAAAAAUUGAAUUGGCCAAGAGGCGUAGAAUGGUGGAAGACGAAUGAGUUUGGAAGCUACCAUCCAAAGAGAAAGGACGACACUCCAGCCCUUGUGGUUCCCGACCUGGCCUACAUUGAGUUCUCACGGGCUCCGACAGGCGACUUGCGGGGUGUGGUCAUGAGCCACCGAACGAUUAUGCAUCAAAUGGCUUGCUUCAGUGCCAUCAUUGCAACUGUUCCUGGCUCAGAGAAGAGCGUUCGCCCCCAUGGAGAAACCUUGAUCAGCUACCUUGAUCCAAGACAGGGCAUAGGCAUGAUUCUAGGCGUGCUUCUCACUGUGUAUGGCGGCCAUACGACUGUAUGGCUCGAGGACCGGGCUGUCGAAACUCCUGGUUUGUAUGCUCACCUCGUUACGAAGUACAGAGCAACACUCAUGGCAGCGAACUAUCCGGGACUGAAAAUUACGGCAUACAAUUAUCAACAAGAUCCCAUGGCGACACGACAUUUUAAAAAGAACUCGGAGCCGAACUUUGAGAAUGUGAAACUCUGCCUCAUCGAUACCUUGACGGUCGAUGCCGAAUUCCAUGAGAUUCUCGCGGACAGAUGGUUACGUCCCAUGAGAAAUCCAAGAGCGAGAGAGAUCGUCGCCCCGAUGCUCUGCCUACCCGAACAUGGCGGUAUGGUCAUCAGUGUUAGGGAUUGGCUGGGGGGGGAGGAGCGCCUAGGCUGUCCCUUGACUCACGAAAUGGAUCCGGAAGAACGCUUGGGAGACAAGAAGGAGGAGAAGAGGUCCGAAAAAUCGGAAAGCAAUAGCGGCUUCGGUAGCAGUCUCCUGGGUGGAGGUGCCCCAGCUCCCGCUCCGAAGGAGCAGAGUAAAAAUGAACUUGGUGAGGUACUCUUGGAUAAGGAGGCACUGAAAAAUAACGAGGUCGUUGUUUUGGCUAUGGGUGAGGAUGCCAGGAAAUACGCAGCAACCAUACCAAACGCCGUGCGAGUUGGCUCUUUCGGUUAUCCCAUUCCUGACGCGACACUGUCUGUCGUGGAUCCGGAAACCAAUUUGCUGUGCACUCCCAACGUGGUUGGCGAGAUCUGGGUCGACUCACCCUCUCUGUCUGGCGGUUUCUGGGCAUUACCCAAGCAUACGGAAGCAAUCUUCCACGCCCGGCCCUAUAAGUUCGAAGAGGGCAACCCCACCCCUCUUCUGGUGGAGCCUGAGUUCCUACGAACCGGUCUACUUGGCUGUGUGAUUGAGGGCAAAGUUUUCGUCCUCGGUCUCUACGAAGACCGUCUUCGGCAGAAGGUCGAAUGGGUUGAGCACGGACAGGAGAUUGUGGAACAUCGGUAUUUCUUCGUUCAACACCUGAUCGUGAGCAUUCUCAAGACUUUGCCCAAGAUCUACGAUUGUACUGCGUUUGAUGUCUUUGUCAACGACGAGCAUCUCCCCAUCGUUGUCCUGGAGUCAUACGCCGCCUCGACUGCACCAACAACCUCUGGUGGACCGCCUCGCCAGUUAGAUGCUGUGCUCCUUGAAUCUCUGGCAGAGAGAUGUAUGGAAGUAUUAUAUCAGGAACAUCACUUGCGGGUUUACUGUGUACUUCUCACGGCUCCCAACACACUUCCUCGCGUGAUCAAGAAUGGCCGCCAAGAGAUUGGAAAUAUGCUCUGUCGCAAAGACUUCGACGCCGGAGCCCUGCCCUGCGUCCACGUGAAAUUUGGUGUUGAACGGUCUGUCAUGAAUCUGCCAGUGGGUGUCGAUCCUGUAGGGGGUAUAUGGUCACCCUUGGCUUCGGUGACUCGACAAGAGAUGCUUGCUAUGCAGGAGAAGCAGUAUUCAGGUGUAGACUACCGCGAGGUGGUCAUGGAUGAUCGUACAUCUACACCGCUAAAUAAUUUCUCCACCAUUGUCGAACUACUUCAAUGGCGUGUUUCGCGCCAGGCAGAGGAGCUAGCAUACUGCUCCAUCGACAGCCGUGGCAAAGAGGGGAAAGGUAUCACCUGGAAGAAGUUUGACCUGAAGGUCGCUGCGGUGGCAAUGUACCUGAAAAAUAAAGUCAAGGUUCGGCCUGGAGAUCAUCUCAUCCUGAUGUACACGCACUCGGAGGAUUACGUCUAUGCCGUUCAUGCCUGCUUCUGUCUUGGUGUAGUCGUUGUGCCCAUUGCCCCAAUUGACCAGAAUCGACUUGCAGAAGACGCUCCUGCGUUCCUUCAUGUGAUAAAUGAUUUCAAUGUCAAGGCAAUCAUUGUCAAUAGUGACGUGGACCAUGUCAUGAGGCAGAAGGUUGUCUCUCAGCAUAUCAAACAAUCAGCACAAGUCCUUAAAAUCGGAGUGCCAGCAAUUUACAACACCACCAAACUCUCCAAACAAUCGCACGGUUGUCGAGACCUCGGUUUCACUGUCAAGGAGGGAUGGUUACAGGGAGAUCAACCAGCUCUAAUCUGGACUUAUUGGACCCCAGAUCAGAGAAGAAUCUCCGUUGCUAUUGGCCAUGACACGAUCAUGGGUAUGUGUAAAGUGCAGAAAGAGACGUGCCAGAUGACUAGCUCAAGGCCAAUCCUGGGCAGUGUUCGCAGUACUUUGGGUCUCGGAUUCCUCCACACGCUACUGAUGGGUAUCUAUGUCGGAGCCCCAACUUACCUAGUGUCACCCGUCGAUUUUGCACAGAAUCCCAUGACUUUGUUCCUCACUCUGUCUCGUUAUAAGAUCAAAGAUACAUAUGCCACCAGCCAGAUGUUGGACUAUGCUAUGAGUGUGAUGCCUGCCAAGGGCUUCCGACUGCAAGAGAUGAAGAACUUGAUGAUAUCUGCCGAUGGCCGGCCGCGGACUGAUAUCUACCAGAAAGUGCGCCUCCAUUUCGCUACCGCCAGUUUGGAUCGGACUGCGAUCAACGUAGUGUACUCACAUGUCCUCAAUCCUAUGGUCGUCACGCGAUCAUACAUGUGCAUUGAACCGGUUGAAUUAUGGCUUGAUCUUCGAUCUCUCCGCCAAGGACUUGUUUCCCCUGUUGACCCAGACACUGAUCCCGGUUCCUUGUUAGUUCAGGACUCGGGAAUGGUCCCGGUGAAUACGCAGGUAGCGAUCGUCAAUCCUGAGACAUGCGUGCUAUCUCAUGUUGGGGAAUAUGGCGAGAUAUGGAUUCAGUCAGACGCCUGCGCCAAGUCAUUCUACGGUUCCAGAAAUGAAUUCGAUGUCGAGCGGUUCAACGGACGGAUCGCCGACGGAGAUCCUAACGUCGCGUAUGUGCGCACCGGUGACCUUGGUUUCCUUCACACUGUUACCAGGCCCAUUGGUGCAUCGGGCCAGGCCGUGGAGAUGCAGGUACUUUUCGUCCUUGGCGGAAUCGGCGAAACUUUCGAAGUCAACGGCUUGAACCACUUCCCAAUGGAUAUUGAGAAUUCUGUGGAGAAAUGCCAUCGUAAUAUUGUUCGUGGUGGAUGUUGUGUCUUCCAGGCUGGUGGUUUGAUAGUGGUUGUUGUUGAGGUGACGCGGAAGGCAUAUCUGGCAUCCCUUGUACCCGUGAUCGUUGAUGCAAUCCUUGGCGAACACCAAGUCAUCGCCGACAUUGUUGCAUUCGUAUCGCAUGGAGACUUCCCUCGAUCGCGGCUGGGAGAGAAGCAGCGUGGCAAGGUCUUGGCAUCCUGGGUCACCCGCAAGCUGCGGACGAUUGCCCAAUUCAGCAUCCGUGAUGUGGAGGGAUCCAUGGGUCUCUUUGCAGGAGCACCUCAACACCGGUCCAGCAGAGGCUCCAAGCCGGGAAGUACAAUGGGCAACAGUAUUCGUCGGUCCACUCUUGUACCAGAUGCUGAGUCUGUGACUGUCCCUCGGUCUCCAGCACCGGUCCUUGUCGAGCAGCCGGAAGCAGCGAUGGCUCCGUAUUACGGUGUACAUGAAGGCGAGGGGCCUGAAAUACCGAGGCCAGUUGUCUCAGAAGGGCAGCAGGCGAUCCCAUUAGUUGCGGAGGCUGUCCCGCCAACGCGGUCCUCGAACACUGGAAGCCGCCCCGCGACCAUUGACCAGCCUGACUUGGGAUUCCAUUUUGGCGAGUUCCCCCAUUCAGGCAGCGCUGCUACUGGUGGGGAACCUCACAUUGCAACUGCUCCUCCCCAGGGUCUCCCCUACCGCAAUGCCCCGAGGCAGGGAUCCAUGUCCGCUCGAAAACCGUCAGCAGCCAGCAGCAUCCCAGGUCGACCUAUCUCACAGGAUCAAGGCUUCCACGAGGAGAACGUGGGUGACUGGCCUCAGGAAGCUCUCAUGUAUCAAUCCGCCUUUGAAAGCGACGGCCCGUACGGUGUCCACCGGACUCCGAGCGAGGCAGCAAGGAAUCGCUAUGAUGGACAUGAAUACAAGUAUUGA